AGAAAAUCUUUUUCUUUUUCUAAAUUUUGGUUAUUUAUAUAUUAUCAAGAUGCUGAAAAACUGAAUAUAUAUACUAGAACACCAUCUUAGGUUGGCAUGGGUGGCACGGCACCUUUGUCCCCUUAAGCAACUGAUCCCAAAAGGAAGUGAUGUUGUGUAUGGAGAAAACCUGAGUUGGAAGAGCAAACCCCGUUUUGGGCCGUACGAAUCUCGUCCAUAACCAGUUUUAAAAAAAAGCCGACGCCAUUGAGCCAAAAAGAAAAAAAAAGUGCAAUAAAGGGCUAGGUAAAAAUAAAAGAAUAAAAAAUGAAUGAAAAUAUUGUUUGAGCACUCGAGUUGAAACCCUCGGAAUACUUCGUUUAUUUAGGUCCCGAGCUAUCUGGAAUGGGCCUGGGGUAGCCUGGUUGAAACUCGCUACACGGGUCAACUCAAACAAUUAAAAUUAAAUAUUGAAAGAAACCAAUAAAGAAAAGUCUCCAAAUUUUGGAAAAGAAAAUAAAUUUUCUUGAGCUUUUCUUUACUUGAUUAAUUCUUAGGAUUUCUAACUACUUUUUGCUGCUCUGUAGAUUUCUUUUAAAUUGUUCUCAAUGACCUUAGUUAAUUCAAAGUUUUGACAUUAAAUAAAAAUGUUUUCUAUUUUGCUUUGAAGUGAAAGAACUGUUUUAAAAUUUAUAUUAGUAAAUUGAUUUUUAAAGGGUUUAUUCUAUUUGGUACAUGAUUAAUUUCUAGUUAAUGUUUCAUGCAUCACUUUAGAUGGUUAUGAGAUUGAGAAAUUGUUUUGAAUUCUAAUUUCAACAAAUCGAAAAAGGUUGUCAAUUUCUAGUUUGCACGAGGACGUGCAAAAGUCUAAGUGUGGGGGUAUUUGUUAAGUCACAAAAUGUCGUAUUUUAUUCCCCCAUUUCUUAGUACUUUUAAGAUAUUUGAUGAGCAUUUUAUACCUAAAUGAGCAUAUUUUCUAAUAUUUAGCAUUUUAGGCCAUUGUUUACAUUUUAUACAUAAAAUGCAUGAUUUUGAGCAUAUUUAUAUUUGACAAUUAUUUUGGAAUAUUAUUUUCAGUGGCAUGAAAUUUGUAGAUAAUACAUGGGAGUCCAAAAAAGUCAAAGAAGAUAUUGAAGUUGAAUUUUUGGAGCUUAAAAGUUGGCCCAAUCCAAAGACGUUCUCACAGUGAAGAGUGGUAGAAGUCUUCCAAGCCCACUUCUUCAGAUACUAGCAAACAAAUAAAUUUGAGAAAUGCUACUGCUGUGUUGGGCACACCACUACAGGGGGAGUUUGAUUCUGGGAAAACAGUUGAUGCAGCAGCUUGAGCACAUCCAGAAUGUGUACCUUACGCCCUCAGCAGAGCAUAGUACGGUGUAUGUUAAGCUGGUUACGGGAACCGUCAUAGCGUGGUCGCUGUCGCACGUUGGGUUAUACUUAACUGAGUCUCGGUCAAAUGGAUGGACGACUCAGAGGCAGUAAGUUGGGGUCAUCAAUGACAAGUCGGAUGAUUUUACUCACUCAUCCAGCCAGGAGUUGGAUCUUUAUGAUUUAAUUGGAACUCUGUUCCUAACCAAAGUAGUCUACUUGUAAGACGUGCCUCAGCCAAUUACAAGUAUGGUGAAAAGGUGUCCUGGUCCGGUUGUAGUAAUAUUGUUCAGCCAACACCAGAUCAAGAGCUAAGAGCCCGGCUCAUCAGUUGGAACUAUGUUCCUACCUAAAUAGUUGUCUUGUGGAGUAACGCCCAAGCGGAACGCAAGAUAAUGAAAUAUGGAUCUUGGCCCACUAGAGGUUUCGCCGGAAAUCUCCGAAUCAAUAUCGAGGGUUAUUGAUUUGUUAAAAAUAGUGGGAGAUAAUUAAUUAAAGGCCUAAUUAAUUA